AGGCAGAGUCGUUUGUCUUUUUUUUAUUUAUUUGUUGGAGGAAUGAAGGUGUUUCAGAGUAAUCCGGGUUCUCGAACUGUAUAUUUUAUUCGCAUUAGAAAUUUUUUCUGCAUCAUGAUCAAAUGUUGAUUGAAUAUGUAACUGUUGUCAGCAUUUUAUGAGCUCGGUUUCUUUGUCGCACAAGCAGUUUACAUCUUUAGCAUUUCAUAGAGGUCAGCAAACAUUUCGCAAGCUAAAGACUUGCAGACUUGACAUCAUUGUAGACUAAAGAAAUCCAGAGAUGGUCUAAGCACUCAUCAUGCCGCGCAGAAAGCAACAAAAGCACUGUCCCAUAGGAGAGGACACUAGAAUCGCAGUGAAUUUAACUGUAAAGAAGCUACUGGAUACUGAGGAUCAAAAGGAAUUGGAGUUUCCAUCGUCGUAUACGUCAGAGGAGAGAGCUUAUAUUCAUGAACUUGCUAGAGGACUCGGCCUCAAGUCAAAAAGUCGAGGAAAGGGUAUAAAUCGAUUUUUGACGGUGUACAAGAGAGAGGGCUCAACGAUAGUGCAAGCUGAUGCUGUGAUAAAGUUGCAAAAGACUUCCAAGCAGAGCAUAUGUAACUUGAUGCAGACUUUUCCGCUGAAUCAUAAGGAAUGUCAAGAUUUGCUGCCUCCAACUGAGAGGGAACGUCCUCUCAAUAAUGAUGUAAAUACAAACUCCAAAGCGAUGGGCAGGCUGAACAACAGCAUUCCGCAGGUGCCUCAGCUGAAGACCAACUUCGACGUGUUGCAUUAUCGCAAGUCCCUGCCGAUUUUCAACGCGCAGGAGGAGAUUGUUAGCGCGUUGAACAAUUAUCAGGUUGUCAUAAUCGCGGGUGAGACGGGCUGCGGCAAGACCACGCAGGUACCGCAGUACAUCCUCGAGCACUACCAGCAGAAGCAUCAGGCGUGCAGGAUCAUCUGCACGCAGCCGAGACGCUUGUCGGCGGUGUCGGUGGCUGAGAGAGUGGCGUUCGAAAGGGACGAGAAGAUCGGCCAGACGUUCGGUUAUCAGAUCAGACUGGAGAGCAGAGUGGCACUGAAAACCCUCUUGACGUAUUGCACGAACGGCGUGUUGCUUCGAACCUUGAUGGGUGGCGACUCCGCCCUGAGCACUCUCACGCACAUCAUCGUCGACGAGGUCCACGAACGAGACAGAUUCUGCGACUUCCUGUUGAUAGCCCUGAAAGACGCGUUGGUGAAAUAUCAUUCCCUGAAAUUGAUACUUAUGAGCGCCACCAUGGACACUAGCAUUUUCGUUAAAUACUUCAACAAGUGUACCAUCGUGAACGUCCCAGGUCAAUCAUAUGACGUGGACAUGUACUUCCUGGAGGAUAUCUUAAAGAUGACCGGUUACAUGACGAAGGAGAUGCUCGGGAUGAAGAAGGACUUCUUAAAGUGGAAGGACAAACAGAAGACUCUGGAGUCCUGGAAACAGUACGAGCCGCAGCUUUCCAGUAGAAGCACCGAGAACGAGAAAAGCCUGCUGCCAGCGCCGAUCUUGGCUGAGCAGAGUGAUCCCAUACCGGAGAAGGUCCAACUGGAGCCCUGGCUGAUAGAGGAAAUGGACAAGAGCAUCUUCGACGCCUGGGUGAACGGUAGAGAUGACAACUUCGCGCAACUCCUGCACUUCAUACUGUCGGAAAACGUCUCCGUGGACUAUCAGCACUCGGAGACCUCCAUAACGCCGCUGAUGGCCGCCGCGGCCAGAGGCUGCAUAAACACGACGGAGCAGCUGUUGAAUCUGGGCGCGAACCUCAAUCUGAAAGCCGCCAACGAUUGGAUCGCGCUGGAUUGGGCGAAGAGCCGAAAUCACACCGAGUGCGCCGAGCUGAUCGAGGCUUACAUGAAGACGUACGAUUGCGCCGCGUCAAGCAACGAGCUCACAGACGUCGCCGGCACGUCGCUUUCCGACGAGGACAAGAUGCUGCUCGAUAUAUAUCAUCACACGUUCAACGACGACAACAUCGAUUACGAUCUGCUGUUAGAGCUGGUCAUCUACAUUCACCUGAAAAUGCCUCCCGGCUCUAUUCUGAUAUUCCUUCCGGGAUACGAUGACAUAGUGACGAUGCGGGAGAGAAUCAACGCGGACGAGAAGAAGAUGAACCAAGGCUUGCGCUAUAAUCUCUACAUUCUUCACUCGAACAUGCAGACCUGCGAUCAGAAGAAGGUGUUCAAACCCAGUCCUCAAGGCACGCGGAAGAUUAUCCUCUCGACGAACAUCGCGGAGACGAGCAUCACGAUCGACGAUGUCGUGUACGUCAUCGAUUCCGGCAAGGUGAAGGAGAAAUCUUUCGACGCGAUAUCGAACGUGUGCACGCUCAACUCCAACUGGAUAUCUCAGGCGUGCGCGAAACAGCGGAAGGGCAGAGCCGGCAGAUGCAAACGCGGGAUCUGUUACCGUCUAUUCUCGUCGGUCCGUUUUAACAGCAUGCAGCUUUAUCAGACGCCAGAGAUCCUUCGAUUACCAUUGCAAGAACUCUGUCUGUACACGAAGCACCUGACGCCGGGAAACACUCCGAUUGCUGAAUUUCUGGACAAAGCGUUGGAGCCGCCGUCCAAUGUGGUGACCAGAAACGCGGUUCAAUUAUUGAAGACAAUCGACGCGCUGGACCCGUGGGAAGACUUAACCGAACUGGGCAGUCACCUGCUGGAUCUGCCAAUCGAGCCGAGACUCGGGAAGAUGCUGCUGUAUGCGGUGGUCCUGAAAUGUUUGGAUCCCAUUUUGACUAUCGUUUGUAGUUUAGCGUACAAGGAUCCUUUCAUACUGCCGUCACAACCGUCGCAGAAGCGAGCGCUGGCCGCGGCGCGAAAGAAAUUCGCCACCGGCACGUACUCGGAUCACAUGGUGGUGCUACGCGCGUUCCAGGGUUGGCAGAAUGCCAGGGCGACCGGUAAGGAGCGCGCUUUCUGCGAGAAGAAUUUCAUCUCCGCCCCCGUGAUGGAGAUGGUGGUCGGCAUGCGAACACAGCUUCUCGGCCAGCUGCGCGCCUCCGGAUUCGUCAGGGCUCGCAGUCCCGGUGAUAUCCGGGAUCUGAAUACAAAUUCGGAAAACUGGGCCGUCGUGAAAGCGGCCCUAACGGCGGGCCUGUAUCCCAAUCUGAUCCGUGUCGAUCGAGAGCACAUGCAGUUGCGAACGCAAAAAGAGGUCAAGGUGUUUUUCCAUCCUUCGUCGACUUUAAGGGACAACCCGAAGUCCCCGCGGAUGACAUCCGCGCAAACGCAUGCGGCCAACGUGCAGACCUUGCCGUGCGAUUGGCUGCUCUACGAGGAGAUGAGCCGUACGGGACGCUUCUGCCACGUGAAGGUCGUCACACUGGUUAACCCGUUGACCGUCGCGUUGUUCAGCGGACCAGCUAGACUGCCGAUGGAUGUGCUUUACGAGGCUGAGUCAGCUGUGUUGGAGAGCGAGUCGGAUUCGGAGGUCGACGAGUCUCACGAGGGGACCAUUUUCAAACUCGACGACUGGGUAGUGUUCAAGCUCGACCCGGAAACGGCGCAGUUGUUCCUGAAUCUACGGCAGAAGUGGAACGCCCUAUUCCUCAGGCGCAUGAAGACGCCGAACAAGGCCAUGUCGGCGUUAGACGAGAAGGUGAUCAACACUCUGGUGACUGUAAUAACGAACGAGGAGCAGGCGUGUGGCCUCCAGCAGCCGACCGGGAUCGGCCAGCGACCACGACCGCUGAUUGUCGAUUACUAUCCUGCAAACGUCAGGGGAGACGAUCAUCCAGAGAAAUACUUCUAAAGCAAGGAGAGAUCGCUCGCACUGUCACGUGCAAUCCGUGACUCGCGUUUGUACAAUCGCAAUCGCAGAUUUUAGCGUCUAAAACCGCCGUAUAUUCGUAAUGCUAUGAUGAUGUAUCUGAGCGAUUCUUCUGUCAAUAGCGAGUGUUUAUAGAGCCGAUACAGGGCUAUGAAUGUGCAGCUAUGAAUAUUCAUUGGACGAUGUGUUUGAUAAAUAUUGUGUUCUGAUUUUCAGUAUUAACGAAGACUUUUAGAGUGAUACGUUUUACGCUAAUACUCAUGCUCCAGUCCGUAGCGCCUUUAUUCUCCAAGUUAUAGUCUAGGAUCCAUCUUUCAUCACGGUAGAACAUUCUUUUGUUAUUCCCUACAAAGAGAGGUAAAUGUAAAAGGGUGUAUGGUUGAUGUAAUGUUAGUUAAUUAAUUGCGUCGAGGUCGAAGCACAUAUCUCCCCGCGACGGGUCUGUCAGAAUCGUGACAGGUGUCGAACUUUGACGUUGCACGUUGCGCGAAACAAUCGGAAACACAUCCCAAUCGGGUUUCCAGUCCGGGAGUGUGUAAAUAGGCCUCGAACCUGCGUAUCUUAAAGAAAUAUAUGAUAUAUUGCAUAGGCACUAAACUUGCGCAACUUAACUACAUUUUGUACGGUGCGAUAACGUGCGUUGCAUUGAAGAAAAAAAAACUACUCACUAGUUUGUGAAAAUUACUGUUAAAUAUUAAGUGGCAAUUGCGUAGAUUGCAGGAUAAUCCGUCUCGUUGCGUUAUACGUAUACAUAUGUCACGUAGGAUAAUUUUUGUGCAGUGUUGCAGCUUGGAAGCUUCGAUUAUUGUUUAAAAGAAACAAACUGAAUUAAUGACACUCCCUUCUAUCUAUGUUAUAUGUGUGUCAUAUAUAUGUAUAUGCGCACACGCGCACAUGAUUUUUUAUUACACAUUACGGUGGGGGGUAUACAAUCAUUAAAUAUUUAUUUUAUAUUAUUUAACAUUAUUCAUCGAUUUCUUAACACAAGUUUUAUUUCGAUGAAAAUUUGAUGUCACAAAAUGCAGAUAAGGUUUUUUUAUUUUAUCUUAGUUCGAUGAUGUUUUUCCCAAUGUAAACGUUUUUUUUUAUAUUAUAAUUUGUAACAGUUACUGUCACUAGGCAAAUGAAGCUACGACACAACAUCAGUGAGCUUUAAAUGAAUUGUAACACUGGCCAAUGUAAGAAUGAAACUAAUAUAUAAUAAAAACUAGUAGAAAAAAA